AUGGAUGUCAAGGUGAUCAGAGGAGCUGAGCUGGAUACUGAUCAUAGGCUUCUAGUGGCAGACACAGGCUUUGUAGAGAGAAAGGACGGCAGGCAAAAGGCAUACAUGAGAAUCAAGCACGAAGAAUUAAGAUCCAGGGAGAAUAGAGAAAGGUGCCAGACAGAGCUCUCAGCCCGUAUAGAGAACUGGCAAACCCAGGAAGAAAGAUACACCAAUGUGGAUAAAUUCUGGAGUGACUUGAAAGAAGCCGUGACUGGAGCUGCCAAGGAGCUGGGUAUGAAGCUUUACACAGUCAUUCUGGAGAAACGCUUACGCAGGGUGGUGGAACAGGAUAUGGAAGAGGAACAAGCGGCGUUCAGACCAGGUAGGCAGACCCAGGAACAUAUUUCCUCUCUCCGAAAUAUAUGCUCGAAAUUCAUUGAGAGAGGGGAGAAUGCUUACUUGGCUUUUCUGGAUCUGAGGGCUGCAUUCGACACAAUUCCAAGGAAAUGGAUAUGGAAGGUGUUAAGUAAUAGAAGAGUACCUUCCAAACUUGUGAAAGCCAUCAGAAGUGUAAAUGAAGGAAUGUCAGCCAAAGUACGAAUUGGAGGAGAUGUAUCAUGA